GUUGCUAGGCUUCUGAUGGACACAUCUGUGGCACAAUUUUAUCCUACAAUAUUUGUUCUUGGUGCUGAUAUAAUGGACAUGCUUGGUGAUAUG